AUGGAGCUGGACCGGCUUCGUUUAGUAUUGAUGACGACUUCGACGACCACAGCUUUUCCAAAAUGGCAUGAAAUGGAAGCAAAAACAGCACAGACUCAGGUGACGAAUGUCGCUUCAUCUCCGCCUACUAUAACACGAUCGCGGGGUGUACGCUUUGCCCCACCACUAGUCGAUCCGACUGCCUACACAGACCCUGGCACUGGGUCCAGUAGUCGCCCUUCCUCCAAGAUCUCAAACAUAUGUCACGCAAUCUACGGCUGUGCAAUUCCCAACGGCCAGGGAGUACCAAUUGGUCAUCUCUCUGAUGGACAAUAUACCCAUGAUUUCCAGAUUUUGAAGGCCGAUGCCGGGAACUUGGAACUACUUUCACUUGAAGAGUUACUUCUCGCGUCUCUAUCAGCCACUGAAACCUUCCGUGCACCCCUGAUAUUCCCCAAAAGGGAACGUCGCUUCCUAGCAGCGAAGCUCGCGAGUACAUUUCUCGAAUGUCACGGAAAUUGGCUUCCAUCACGUUGGUCAUCUCGCAACAUUUUCUUUACCAAAAAUAUCACCUCCACCAAUCUCGAAAAGACGAUUCGAACACCUGUUCUAGCCCGAAAACUAUCCAAUCCCACGGAAUUUGAAGGCUACAAACUCCCCUGGACAGCCUUCAAUGAUGUUCUUUUUCCUUUAGGGCUAGCUUUAAUCGAGCUUUCUCUUUGCCGAACAAUCACCUGCCUGCAUCCGCCGAGUGACCCGGGCCAAGAUGAGAUCUCCACGCUGCUUGAGAAGGCCAGAACUUGGAUAUAUGAUGUUACCUGUGAAAGUGGAACACAAUACGGGGAUGCUGUUCAACAGUGUCUCUUUUGGACUAAGAGUCGUGAAGUGGACAUGGAGAGUGAGGAAUUUCAGGCCGCGGUAUUUCAAUAUAUCGUCAAGCCUCUUGUUGAGGACUUUGAUCAGUUCAAGGACCUAUAA